CCCCCCCCCGGCUCCUCUUGCGCCCGCCCCGGCACUGAUUGUUGACAAAAGACGCUGCGAGACGGAGCGACGGAGGACGGUACCGGUGAGCAGAACGGCCCGUUAACGGGACUCCUUCAUCCGAACAGUUAACGGAGACCGGACCGACGAGGGUAGGGGGGCACGAGGUCUCUUCCGUUUCUAGAAAACCGUGUGGUCGAGGUGAUUCGUUUGUCGGUGGUGGUCGGACCGCAGCAGGCCGGUGUGAAGUGGACCUCCCCCCUCCCCCCCUUCCCCGCUCCUCAUCUACUCGCGAUUGGUAUUUACCGACACAAAAAACCCAGCGGCCAAGAUGGGUCACUCGCUGUGAGCCGAGGGGUCAGGCCAGCGUUAAGGGAGGAAGCGGCUGCCUUGGGCAGGUCAAUUCAGCCGGGAAUGGUGUGAGCUGAGACGACCAGGCAGUCUGGAUCUGACCGGGGACCCGUCCUUCCCCCGGAGCCUCCGCGGCUCCAAGCCGCGUCCUGAGCCCUCCAAGAUGGGGAAGUGCGAUGGAAGAUGCACGCUGCUGGUGAUAUGUUCGCUGCAGUUGGUGGCAGCCCUUCAGAGGCAAGUGUUUGAUUUCCUGGGCUACCAAUGGGCUCCCAUCCUGGCCAACUUCUUACACAUUAUGGCCGUCAUCUUGGGCAUGUUUGGCACCGUGCAGUUUCGUUUCAGAUACCUUAUCUUUUAUGCAGUAUGGCUGGUCCUUUGGGUUGGCUGGAACUCGUUCAUUAUCUGUUUCUACCUGGAAGUGGGAAACCUGUCUCAGGACAGGGACUUUCUCAUGACUUUCAAUACGUCUCUUCAUCGUUCGUGGUGGAUGGAGCAUGCUCCUGGUUGCCUGGUAACGCCAGUCCUCGACUCUCGCAUGGCCCCUGACGACCACCAUGUCAUCACUGUCUCAGGGUGUCUCCUUGACUACCAGUACAUAGAGGUGUUAAGUUCGGCCAUUCAGGUCCUAUUGGCGCUUUUCGGCUUCGUCUACGCCUGCUAUGUGAGCAAAGUCUUCCAGGAUGACGAGGACAGCUUUGAUUUCAUUGGUGGCUUUGACUCAUAUGGCUACCAGCCUCCUCAGAAGUCCUCGCAUCUUCAACUGCAACCUCUUUACACGGCUGGUUAACUGUUGGUGGUGCUCCAUUCAGGACAAACCCUGACGGUGUCACAGUGGAUGGAAAGCUGUGGUUGCCUCAAUUACACUCACUCCGUGUGUCACAGUUUACCGGAAUGGACUUACCCCACCCAGAGGGAGAGGCGUGUGUGCGUGUGUCUGAGAAAGAGUAAAUGCAGCCCUGAAUAGAAUGUACAGAGCUCAGGGAAGAACCAGCAUGCCAGGUGGUGUGAUCGAGGAGGAGGAGGAGGAGAACGAGGAGGAAGAGAACAAGAGCUGGGUACACCUCUGUCAACUCACAGAAGACACACUUCAGUAAACUGCCAGCUCUCAACACUCCCACAAGUGUGUGUGUGUGUGUUUGGCUGGUGCUUCGUGGUGGCACCCUGGACUCUUACUACUUGGUGUCCCCGAGAAUUUUUCUUUCUGGGUGCUUGUGUUUGUGUGUGUGUGUGUGUGUGUGUGUGUGGGAGGGUCACAUAAUAAAUGGAGGCACGGCUCGUACCUGUUGUCGUUUUAGAAUGUGGUGAUGUCGAACUAGAGCAGUCUUACGGUACCCAUUCCCAGAGCCAUCUGUCCUUCCUGCCAUGCCGUUAAAACCACUGUUUGAAUUCAAUCUCUUUACACGACCAACCGGACCUGCAACCUGCAGAGAAGGUCAAACAGCUGUAGGAACAGAAAGGACGUACUGCGUAAAGGAUCCGACUGGCCAUAUUUCCUACAAUUUAUUAUUCACCAAUACCAACAAUACGUCUCUCAAAACUUUCAAACGUUACCAGCGUGUGUCUCUCAAAUCCAAAAUCCAAACCAAUUAGUUCCUCCAAGUGAAAAACAUUUGAAAUAGAGUCACAGAAAUGUACUAAAGACGAAUCGACUGGGCACCGUAUAUUUAAGCAAAUUUCACUAAAACAGCCGUAAAUAGUGUUGUUUUCUUGUCUGGGACUAUUUCCAUGUGCUCUGCUCGUGAGUACUUCUAUGUGGGAUCAUCUCAAAAUAAACUACAGUGCCCAGUUUCAUCUGAAAAAAGCCAUAUGUCACCCAGUCAACACUGUGGUUUAAAAAAAACUAAACACUUUUGGACAGAAAUGCAUUUCACUGAGGAAUGAUAAGGCUUUAUCUACACAAACAAACUGUCAGUGGGACUAUUCAAUUGUUGAUUUUGGUCUUUUCAUGGGAUUUGUUGACAUGAAUGAAAAUGUAAAAUAUCCCCAGACGUCCUUUACUGGUCUGGGUAUCUGCAAAGAUCCAGUCAAAUGUGUUUUGCAGGAAUUUUUGUUUUCAGGAAAUAAAUUCAGCCUCCUGUACAUGCAAUGCGGUUGACUAGGGAUGCAGAUGGCUUUGGGACAAGACGUUAGUGUCUAUGGGGGGCAGCAGUGGGGAACUGUGCAUGUAAAUAACCAGCCAAUGAUUGUUUUGUUGGUUCCAUUUAGAAAAGGGGGGUUAGGGGGUGGUAGGGGCUUGGGGACGAUGGGUACACAUCAACGGUUUACUUCAUACCUGUUUCUUUUCUUCUCUUCUAACCCAUCUGCAGCUAGUUCUCUCUCAUCUUUCUCCAAAACUAGACUCACCUCUGCAGCUCACGUUGUUAAAGGAGACCUGAGAGGAACAUAAUAUCAGGAUCAAUAGAUUUUGUAGAUAUGAUUGGAGAUAUGAAGAGGGACAAGGGAGACAGGUAUGCGGCGAAGGCCUUACUGGAUGUAAGGAGAAGUUUGAAAUAAUAAAAAUACACUUUCUACGUUAAA